AUGCUGUCGUCGUCGAUCGUUUACAUAAAUUUAGUUUUACAGAAGUGUUUCAGAUUUGCAAGUAAGCGAUUCAGUUGCUGUGCCUGCGUUGGGACGUCAACACCCUGUUGGUUACGGCCGCCGUUUACACAUGGAGCUGUACACACACUGCCACAAUUGAUCCAGGAGGCUGUCAGACCUGAUGCUGAGAUUUACAAGAAAGAGAUUCAGUUCCUGUGCCUGCGUUGGGAGUCAGCACCCUGUUGGAUCCUGGAGGCUGUCAGACCUGACGCUGAGGGCCGUCCUGCAAGACUUCGCCGCUGUCUUCUCGACGGUGUGACAAAAUGUGCCGAAGAAGCUUCACUUGAAGGUUCAGUCCACGGUGACGCGUCGAGGUCAGAGCUCGAGCUGUUGUACACGAUUAGCUUUAUAAGUAACUGUCGCGUGUUAUGUUUGUUCAAGUAA